AUGAGCCUAACGACUAUCGCUCACUUGGGACAGCAACAAAGGUCAGGUGAAACCAGUACUUUCACAGGUACUUUGGUGGACCCACCCACACGAGGUUACAUACCUACCACCUUCUCGUCUGAUGCUAAAAUCCCAAUAUACAUUACUAACCUUGUCCCAGCCUAUGGAUGUGGUCUUCCCACUUUCCCUCCUGUGCUGAGCAGGGUGGUAUCAGGAGAGGAUGUCAGGCCUCACAGUUGGCCCUGGCAGAUCUCACUCCAGUCAGACAGCAGUGGGCGCUGGAGGCACAUCUGUGGAGGCACUCUCAUCUCCUCUCUCUGGGUCCUCACUGCUGCCCAUUGUAUCAAUGACCGCUACAACUACAGAGUGGAGCUGGGCAAACACAGCCUGAAGGCGAGCGAAGAGGGCUCAAUAGCUCAGAGGGCAGCUACAAUCAUCACUCAUGAGGACUACAACAUCCUGCUCAGCCGAAACGACAUUGCCCUGAUCAAGCUGUCUUCCCCUGUCACCUUCUCUGACACAAUCAUGCCAGCCUGCCUCCCAGACCAGGGCGUCGUCCUACCUCACGGUUCUCCCUGCUACGUCACCGGCUGGGGUCGACUCUCCACCAGUGGUCCUCUGGCUGACAUCCUGCAGCAAGCUCUCCUGCCAGUAGUUGGCCAUGAUGUCUGCUCACAGCCCGACUGGUGGAGCGUCCUGGCAACAGAAAAGAUGGUGUGUGCUGGCGGAGACGGCAUCACUGCUGGCUGUAAUGGAGACUCUGGGGGCCCCUUGAAUUGCCAGAACCCUGAUGGCUCCUGGGACGUCCGCGGCGUGGUGAGCUUCGGCUCCGGUCAGGGCUGCAACAUCCUCCAGAAACCCACCGUCUUUACACAAGUCAGCUCCUACAUCGCCUGGAUCAACACAGUUGUGACCAACUACUGAAGAAACUAUUCAAGUACUGUUGUCAGCAAAAAGAACAACUAUGAUCUAUGAUGUGUUGUCUCAUUUUCAC